AUGUAUGCGCUCGCGUGUGUAUGGCUUCUGGUAUGCGCCUGCUUGGUAGCCGCCAAGCAUCCUGGCGCUCCUACGGCCACACACACCUCCUUGAGGGCGGCCACGCCGACUACCGUGCUGCAAGCACGCGCAGAUGAUGAUACCCUUCAGGCCGGCGGCAUAACCAUCACAGAGCCUGCGCAAACCGCGCAGCAAUCCUUUUACAAAAUUGCACCGCAUGAAUCCAUCACUUUCGGCUGGCAAUUUACCUCGCUCACCAAGACACCGGCUCGCCUAUUUGUCGCGGCGUCCUGCUCAGCUAACGGCAACACAUACCCCAUAGCCCCCUCGCCUAGCGGCAUUCCCGGUGAUGCUACGGCUGUGACGUGGUAUCCCUACGGCUACCGCCUUGAUGCGCAGGCGCACGGCCAGCCGGAUCUUGUGGCGGCUACGUACCGCCUCAUUGUUUACGACGAAAACGGACCUGACCAUGUUCCUCGUGGUGGAGAAUUCCAGGUAAACAACAUGGCCCAAUUUGCUCUCUAUUUCCCCCAAGCCUAUACCCCUCUCUCUGGUACAUUGGUCCUGCAACUCUUGUAA